CUCUGACUCGCAUUAAAGUUGGUCUAGUCGUCUCCACCUUUACUUCACACUAGAAGUUUCUUGGCAUGUUCAACUGAGUUAGCAGCCAAAACACCGCCAUUGCAAUUUGCAGUGCUUCUGCCACCAAAGUAAGGCCUUCUUUAUAUGCUUCUCUCCCUCUCAACUCAAGCAUUACAACUGCCUCAUGUUCUGUACCAUGUCCAUGAGGUCCCUUCUUCUCUUCUCUUUCUUGUUUUAUUCUGUUUCUGCACUAACCUCCGAUGGGGUUACUCUAUUGUCACUCUUGAGGCACUGGACAUCUGUGCCUCAUUCCAUAAACACCACCUGGCUUGCCUCUGAUUCCACUCCUUGCUCCUCUUGGGUAGGAGUUCAAUGUGACCAUGCCAACCGUGUUGUCUACGUUAACCUCACAGGUUUUGGGAUUUCUGGCCAAUUAGGACCUCAAAUUGGAAACAUUACUCACCUACACUACUUAGACCUUGCUCAUAACAACCUUCAUGGCCAAAUACCUGACACGUUCAAAAACUUGCAAAACCUCAAGUUUAUAAGCCUUUCAUCUAAUCAACUGUCUGGCGAAAUUCCAGACUCCUUGACUCAAAUCUCUCCACUACAACUAGUUAAUCUCUCUGAUAAUAGUUUAAGUGGCUCCAUUCCCACAAGUAUUGGGAACAUGACUGAGCUGUUGUGGCUGUAUCUUAAACGUAACAACUUGUCAGGGACAAUUCCCUCAUCCAUUGGGAACUGCAGUAAAUUACAAGUCUUGUUUUUGAAUGAAAAUCAGUUGGAGGGUAUCCUGCCUCAGAGUCUAAACAAUCUCCGUGAUCUUGCUUCUUUUCGUGUCCCUAAAAAUAGACUUACGGGUACCAUUACUUUGGGUUCCAAAAAUUGUAAAAAUUUACAGUCUUUGGAUCUCUCAUUCAAUGAGUUUAGUGGAGGCCUUCCCUCAAGCUUGGGGAACUGUAGUGGUUUGUCAAUAUUUGCUGCAGUGAGCUGCAAUUUAGUUGGGAAUAUUCCAACCUCCUUUGGCCUACUGACCAAGCUUUCUACUCUACGCCUUCCCGAGAACCAUUUAUCUGGAAAAAUACCAUCAGAAAUUGGCAACUGCAAGUCUCUGACAGAGAUACAUCUGUAUACCAAUCGACUUGAGGGAAACAUUCCAAGUGAGCUGGGAAAACUAAGUAAACUGGUGGAUCUUGAAUUGUUUACCAAUCAAUUAACUGGUGAAAUUCCGCUAAGUAUCUGGAAGAUUAAAGGUCUUCAGCAUCUCCUUCUGUAUAAUAAUAGUCUUUCUGGGGAACUGCCAUUGGAGAUGACGGAGCUCAAGCAACUGAAAAAUGUCACGUUGUUUAACAACCAGUUCUCCGGAGUCAUACCUCCAAGCUUGGGAAUUAACAGCAGUUUAGUUUUGUUGGACUUGACAAAUAAUAAAUUCACCGGCACCAUCCCACCAAAUCUGUGUUUUGGCAAUAAGUUAAGCAUCCUGGUUAUGGGCUUCAAUCAACUUCAAGGUAGCAUACCUCCUGAUGUUGGGAGCUGUACAACCCUUCGAAGGUUAAUUCUGAAAAAUAAUAAUUUUACUGGGCCUCUUCCUGAUUUUAGAAGCAAUCUGAAUCUCGCAUAUAUGGAUAUCAGCAACAACAAAAUUCAUGGAGCAAUUCCAUCAAGUUUGGGAAAUUGCAGAAAUCUCACCGACUUAAUUUUGUCCAAGAACAAAUUUACAGGGCUUAUACCCUCAGAGCUGGGGAACCUUGGGAAUCUUCGGAUUUUGAAUCUCGCUCACAACAACUUAGAAGGUCCCUUGCCCUCUCAGCUGUCAAACUGUACCAAAAUGGACAGGUUUGAUGUUGGAUUUAAUUUCCUAAAUGGUUCGUUGCCAUCCAGUCUGCAGAGCUGGAUGGGACUAACCACACUAAUUUUGAGUGAGAAUCACUUUAGUGUGGGCAUCCCAGCUUUCUUGUCGGAAUUUAAGAAGCUUUCUGAACUACAACUUGGUGGCAAUAGGUUUGGAGGCAAAAUUCCUAGAUCGAUUGGUGCAUUGCUGAACUUGAUGUAUGGACUGAAUCUAAGUUCAAAUAGGCUGAUAGGUGGNAUUCCUGCAGAGAUUGGGAACCUGAAAAACUUGCAAACCCUAGAUCUAUCUCAGAACAGUUUGACAGGAAGCAUAGAAGUUCUUGGUGAACUCCAAUCCUUAGUUGAACUCAAUAUUUCAUACAAUUCUUUUCAUGGUCGUGUACCUAAGAUUCUAAUGAAGUUUUUUAAUUCUCCUUUAUCAUCAUUUAUGGGCAAUCCUGGCCUAUGCAUCAGUUGUUCAGCGUCAGAUGGUUUGGCUUGCACUGAUAGCAGCUCUAUAAAACAAUGUGAUAACAAAUCAACCAAACAGAAAGGCCUCAGUAAAGUUCAAAUUGUGAUGAUAGCUCUUGGGUCCUCAAUAUUCGUUGUUUUGCUGUUGCUGGGAUCAGUUUAUAUUUUUGUUUUUGGCAGAAAAGCUAAGGAGGAAUUCCAUAUCUCUGCUGAAGAUGGUUCAUCAUCCCUUCUUAAUAAAGUCAUGGAGGCUACAGAAAACCUAAAUGACAGGUAUGUUAUUGGCAGAGGAGCUCAUGGAGUUGUUUAUAAAGCCCUGAUAGCUCCAGACAAAGCUUUUGUUGUGAAGAAGGUGGAAUUUGCUGCGAGCAAAGGGAAGAACUUGAGCAUGGUUAGAGAAGUUCAAACCCUUGCAAAAAUUAGGCAUCGAAAUCUGGUCAAAUUGGAAGACUUUUGGUUGAGAAAAGAUUAUGGUCUAAUUUUAUACAGCUACAUGCCAAAUGGAAGUCUUCACGAUGUUUUGCAUGAAAAAACACCACCAACAACCUUAGAGUGGAAUGUCCGGUAUAAGAUAGCAGUUGGAAUUUCUCAUGGAUUGGCUUAUCUCCAUUAUGACUGUGAUCCUCCCAUAGUGCACCGAGACAUCAAGCCAAGCAAUAUACUUCUAGACUCUGAUAUGGAGCCUCACAUUGCUGACUUUGGUAUUGCCAAACUUUUGGAUCAGUCUUCGUCUUCAAAUCCUUCCAUUGGUGUGCCGGGUACCAUUGGUUAUAUUGCACCAGAGAAUGCUUAUAUGACAGCAAAUAGUAGGGAGUCUGAUGUAUACAGUUACGGGGUAGUUUUGCUUGAGCUGAUAACCAGAAAGAAAGUAGCAGAUGCUUCGUACAUGAAUGGUACUUAUGUGGUGGAUUGGGUUAGGUCUAUGUGGAUGGAAACUGGAGAAGUUAAUGAAAUUGUUGAUUCAAGCCUUGCAGAGGAAUUUCUAGAUACGCAUAUAAUGGAAGAAGUUACCAAAGUGCUUAUGGUGGCUUUGAGAUGUGCUGAGAAGGAUCCACACAAGAGACCAACAAUGAGAGAUGUUACGAGGCAAUUAUUAGAUGCUAAUGCACGGACAAAAACAAGUAUAAAGGGGUAGGUUUCUCAUAUCUAUAAUCAUCAUAGCAGUUUGCUCCUUAUCUGGCGGAAUGGAAUGGAAUGGGUGUGGAAGUCAAGGGACAGAGCACAAGCGUGGUAAAAAAAUGUAUAGCCAAGUUGUAGCUAGAAGUUAAUAGUAGUUCUAGUUGUGCCAUUUCAAUCUCUGUUGCUGAAUGCUUCUCUAUGUGUUGAUCUAUUUGUUUACGGCACCACAUAUGCAAAAGUACAACUGUUUGUUUUGUAUGUUUAAGUUAUAAAUUAAAUGAUUGUAAAAAAAAAUUAUAAAUUAAAUAUAUGACGUAAUUUAAGAACAA